AUGGCAGACUCAGUCUAUUCUAGUUACCCACCGGAUUUGUCGCCAGCUCAACAAAAGUUUCUUGUCACUGCUGUGAAAGAUUGGGCCAUUCAGAAUGGUCUCGCUGUUCGACCUUCGCCAGCAAUUGUACCUCCUGGAACAGACUCAAACGGGGUGCUCGCUACUAACGCACCGGUAACUCUGUUCCCCAGUCCUUUUCCAAAGGCCUGCUUCCAGGAAGCAACUGCAUUGCAAUCGAUCUAUAAUGAGCUUUAUGCCGCAAUCACUUGUAAAACAGAAUGGCUUGGGAAGAUCGUGGAGGGAUUGAUUGAGGUGGAUGACUUCGUUGCGGAUUUGUGGAAGGUGCACCUGGCUGUGCAAAAAGAGGGCUAUGUGCAAAAUUUGUCAUUGGGGCUUUUCCGGUCCGACUACAUGGCCCAUGUAGCGCCAACGGGUGCAUCAUCUCUGAAACAAGUGGAGUUUAACACAAUCUCAGCAUCCUUCGGAGGGCUUUCGGCCCUCGUGAGAGAAUUGCACAACGAUCUCCUCACGGUACCACCAGGAUCAUCUGUCAAUUACCCUCCUCAUCCGCUGUUGCAAUUCAAUGCACCCCCUGAGAAUGCUGCGGUCGAGACCUUAGCUGCAGGGCUGGCAGAGGCACACAAGGCCUAUGGAGCUUCAAAGUCUACACCGGCUCUUCCUCUCUGUGUUCUCUUUGUGGUUCAACAGGAAGAACGGAACGUUUUCGAUCAACAUGCACUGUCAACCCAACUCAAGAAAUUCCACAAAGUCCCCGUUUUCCGUGUCUCCAGUGUGGAUGUCCUGGAUCAAACUUCAAUUUCCAGCUCCAAUCCCUCUCGGCCAUUGCUUUAUCACCCCCCUCACUCUCCUGACUCGACCUUCGAAGUCACCACUGUUUAUCUCCGAGCUUACUACGCACCAGACGAAUACAAAUCCAACCGUGACUGGGAGGCUCGCACACACCUGGAACGCUCCGCAGCGAUCAAGUGUCCUUCCGUGCUCAAUCAAUUGGCUGGCUGCAAGAAGGUCCAACAGGUUCUGGCGGAGCCCACGGGACCAGACCAUCUUUCUAGCUUUUUGAAGGGUGCUGACCCGUCGCUCAUUGAAAGAGUCCGGGGGACGUUCGCUCCACAAUACGACUUGUCAACCAAUAGUCGCGGUCGAGAAUUGGCUCUCAACCUAGACACUGCCAUGAACCAUGUCCUCAAGCCUCAGCGUGAAGGUGGUGGUAACAACAUCUACAAGUCGGAUAUUCCAGAGUUCCUGCGGUCUAUACCGGAGUCAGAUUGGAGGGGCUGGGUGCUCAUGGAAUUGAUCAACCCAGCACCGAGUGCUCAGAAUGUUGCUUUGCGAAAUGAUGGCGAGGUCCUUAGAGGAAAUGUCAUCUCAGAGCUUGGCGUGUAUGGUACCAUUCUCUGGGAAAACAGCGGCAAAAUUUUGCACAACGAACAAGGCGGAUACCUGUUGAGAACCAAAGGAAAAGAGGUGAACGAAGGUGGCGUGGCUGCUGGAUUCUCCAGUCUGGACAGUGUCCUAUUAUUCUAG